GUCACGGAGUUGCCAUGGCGUCGCUGAGCGGCUUGGCGUCGGCGCUGGAGUCGUACAGGGGCCGGGACCGCCUGAUCCGAGUGCUGGGGUACUGCUGCCAGCUGGUUGGUGGGGUUCUGGUUGAACAGGGUCCCCCCAAGUCCGAAGUGGGAACACGUCUGUUGGUGGUGUCCACCCAACUCAGCCACUGCAGGACCAUCUUGCGACUCUUUGAUGACCUGGCCAUGUUUGUCUACACUAAGCAAUACGGCCUAGGGGCACAGGAGGAGGACGCCUUUGUCCGCUGGGUCUCCGUCCUAGGGAACCUGGCCGACCAGCUCUAUUACCCCUGUGAGCACGUCGCCUGGGCGGCUGAUGCCCGGGUCCUCCACGUGGACUCUUCCCGGUGGUGGACGCUGAGUACAACCUUGUGGGCCCUCUCUCUGCUCCUGGGGGUUGCCAGGUCCCUGUGGAUGCUGCUGAAACUGAGACAGAGGCUGCGGAGCCCCAUGGCGCCCUUCACCAGGGUCUUGCUCUGUCGCCCAGGCUGGAGCACAGUGGUGCCAUCUCGGCUCACUGCAACCUCUGCCUCCCAGGCUCAACUGAUCCUCCUUCCUCAGCUUCCCGAGUAGCUGGGACUACAGGCACGUGCCACCACGCCUGGCUAAUUUUGUUAUUUAUUUUUUGGUGGAGAUGGGGUCUUGCCACAUUGGCCAGGCUUAUCAUCACUGUGUCAUCCUGAUAAAGAAAGGCCGGGCAGGCACAGGCCACGCUCCUGGGGUUCCCCCUUCCCUCCACACCUCCCAAAGUGCAUUUGUGCUUUCUGUUUUUCACAAGGAAUCCCCAUCUCUGGGUGUUCAGGACGAGGAGUGAGGCGUGGAUUUGAGGACUUGGACCCGGGUCCCUGCCCUGUUCGUGCUUGGGUCGGUGGGGGGUGAUGCGGACUCAGUCUCUAUGGACGGUCAGGGAGGCCCCUCGGCCCUGCCAGCUCCUCCCACUCACAGGCAGGGGCUCAGGGCUGCCAGGCCACACAGGACAUUCAGGGGCUUGGGAAGGGCAGGCAGGUGUGAGCGUGAGUGUGAGCGGCCCCUCUCUGCCCCACAGCCCGCUGCCCCGGGGCAAGCGGAGGGCCAUGGAGGCACAGAUGCAGUCGGAGGCGCUGUCACUUCUCAGCAACCUGGCCGACCUGGCCAACGCCGUGCACUGGCUGCCCCGGGGCGUGCUGUGGGCCGGCCGCUUCCCGCCGUGGCUGGUGGGCCUCAUGGGCACCAUCUCCUCGAUCCUCAGCAUGUACCAGGCGGCCCAGGCUGGCGGCCAGGCCGAGGCCACUACCCCCUGACGCUACCAGAAGAGCACGGGGACACAGCCAGAGCCCACGGAGGGCCCUUCCCGCAAAGCAGAAGCCACCAGGGCAGGGGCCGGGGCUCUCAUGGAGCUGCCUGUGGUGAAAUCCGUGGGCAGGCUGGGUGGAGGGACUGAUGCGAGGUCCCCCAGGCCUCAGCCUGGAGCUCCCGAGCCGUGACAGUUUUCAGGAGCCAUGGAGGGCUUCAGCAGCACCUCCUGCCUGCCAGCUGGCGUCUUGUAUCCAAAUCAAGAUGAGGAAGAGGGAGCCCAUCGUGCCUUGAGAAAGCUGCAACGGGAAUCAAUUAAACAUUGUGGUGCUGGC